AUGUUCACUGUAAGCCUGGUACAUCUUGCACUGUGGGUUAUUUUCAUUUACAAUCUGCUGGACUUGGUGGAACAUGAGAAAUGCAACAACCUAGAGAUCAGUGUGGACGAUCGAACACAGUGCAGCAAAAGGAAAGAUUGGUGCUACCAGUCCCAGAUGUCCUGUACUCAGUCAUGCAAAGGGCCAGCAGCGUGGAAUGAGAUGACUCGUACGUGCGGUGGUAACAGACAAUCUCCCAUCAACAUAGUGACCAAGAAAACUAAGCAGGAUUCCAGUCUCACCGCAUUCAAAUUCACUGACUACGACAAGACUUUUAACACCAUGCUGAAGAAUACUGGGGAAACUGUUUCACUGGAUAUACCUCUUGGGGCCUCUGUGAGUGGGGGAAAUCUCUCACAGACCUACAAUGCUUUCCAACUGCAUUUCCACUGGGGCAACAAUGGUAGUUCUGGGUCUGAACACACACUUGAUGGAGAGCAGUAUCCCAUGGAGAUGCACAUCCUGCAUAUAAAGGACACAUACAUCACUGUUGAGGAUGUACUUAAUGACACAACUGGGCAAGCAAUUUUGGGAUUCUUCUUUGAGGAGUCAGACCGUGAAAACAAGAACUAUAAUGCCUUUAUUGCAGCUCUGGCUCAGGUGCAAGAUGCAGAACGUGAGGUCGAAGUGGCCAUCACCCUGAGCAGUCUGAUCCCACCUGAGAAGAAGCUAAGCGCCUACUAUCGUUAUGAAGGCUCUCGAACCAUCCCGGGCUGCUCUGAGACAGUAGUCUGGACCAUUUUUGAGCAGCCUAUUCCACUUAGCAAAGCUCAGCUUGCAGCCUUCUCUAACCUGAAGUUUAAAGACGGCAAGCCCAUGGUGGACACAUUCAGACCAGUGCAGCCUCGUAAAGGGCGGGUAGUGUAUCGUUCCCACUCUGGUGCAGCUGGAACUGCAAUAAUGGUCAGCUUCACGCUCGUCCUGCUGUGUGUGACUGCAGGUCUGAGCUGUUACCAGUUCUACUAGAGCUGGACAUUAACACACCGAGUCCUCCUUUAAAUGUCAAAAUAGAUUGAGAUUCGACCAGAUUGAGAAUAGACCAAAGAGAUUGAACAUAUAGAUGAUUUGUCUUU